CGGGAGCGUUGCGGUUCACGCGUUCACACCGCAAAAAACAACAACAACAGAAAAAAAAGGCAGAAAGAAGAAGAAGAAGAAGAAGAAGAAGAAGGAGGAGGAACCAGACACGCACGGAGAAGAAGAAGCCAGGCUACCACGGCUCUGUCUCGCAUUAGCUCCGUGUGAACGCCCGCUCUCAGCUGCCAGGAUGUCGGAGCGCGGAGGGCUCCCGCGGACUGGGGGCGUCCCUUCUCCGCACAUGCAGCCCUCCAAGCCGGUCAGCAUCACCUCUAACCGGCCGGUCCACAUGAACCUGUACGCCACCUGGGAGGUGGACCGCUCUUCGCCCAGCUGUGUGCCCAGACUCUUCAAUCUGACCCUGAAGAAGCUGAUUAUGCUGAAGGAGCUGGAUAAAGACCUCACGUCUGUGGUGAUCGCCGUCAAACUGCAGGGCUCCAAGCGGAUCCUGCGCUCCAACGAGAUCCUGCUGUCGUCGGCGGGGCUGACGGAGACCGACCUGCAGCUCACCUUCUCUCUGCAGUAUCCGCACUUCCUGAAAAGGGACGCCAACAAGCUUCAGAUCAUGCUGCAGCGGCGGAAGCGAUACAAGAACCGUACCAUCCUGGGCUACAAGACGCUGGCGCUGGGACUCAUCAACAUGGCUGAGGUGAUGCAGCAUCCCAGUGAAGGCGCUCAGGUCCUGGGGCUCCACAGUCAGCUGAAGGACGCGUCGGUGCCUGUCGCCGAGGUCCGCGUCUACUCCCUGUCCAGCCAGCCCAUCGACCACGAGGGACCCAAAGCCAAAAUGUCUGAUCGCUCUCCCGACAUCGACAACUACUCCGAGGAAGAGGAGGAGAGCUACUCAUCAGAGCAGGAGGGCAGCGAUGAUCCCAUUCAUGGCCAGUAUCUCUUCGAUGAAGAGGACGAGGUGAGGAAGAAGAAGCCGAGGCGUAAGCUCACCUCCAACGCUGCCAUCACCAGGCAACCGAACAUCAAGCAGAAGUUUGUCGCCUUGCUGAAGAGGUUCAAAGUCACAGACGAGGUCGGGUUCGGCCUGGAACACGUGUCCAGGGAGCAGAUCCAGGAGGUGGAGGAGGACCUGGACGAGCUCUACGACAGCCUGGAGAUGUACAACCCAAGCGACAGCGGGCCGGAGAUGGAGGAGACAGACAGCAUCCUCAGCACACCCAAACCCAAACUGAGGCCCUUUUUCGAGGGGAUGUCUCAGUCCAGCUCGCAGACAGAGAUCGGCAGCCUGAACAGUAAAGGCAGUUUGGGCCGAGACACUUUCAGUCCGCAGGGGGAGCAGCCUCCUAUAGAGAGGAUAAAACCGUCACGCAGCCGCAACCUGGAGGAGGCGCUGUCCGAGACGGACACACUGGAGCUAACGGAUCAGGAGCUCUUUGCCGAGGUCGGCCCCUGCAUCACAGUGUCAGUGGCAGAGAAACCCCGUACGCCCAUGAAGAGCAGCAAGAGUGAAACGCAGCCCAUGCCAUCGCCAAGGUUGGACGGCGCCCACACGCCGCGGCAGAAGCGCAGCAGCAGCACGCCCAUGAAGGAGCGGCAGCUCUCCAAACCUCUGAGCGAACGGACCAACAGCUCCGACUCGGAGAGAUCCCCGGAGCUGGGACACAGCACACCGGUCUUAAGGAAGGCGGUGUACGAUCAGCUCAACCAGAUCUUGUUGUCGGACUCGGCGCUUCCCGAAAGCCUCAUCCUGGUCAACGGAACAGACUGGCAGGGGCAGUAUGUUGCCGAGCAGCUGCAGGUACAGCGACACCCGGUGGUGUGCACGUGCUCGGCGGCUGAAAUCCAGGCGGUUCUGUCGGCCGUGCUCACGCGCAUCCAGAAAUUCUGUAACUGUAACUCGUCCAUGCCCAGAGCGGUCAAGGUGGCGGCGGUGGGCGGUCAGAGUUACCUCGGCGCCAUCCUGCAGUUCUUUGUCACUCAGCUCGCCAACAAAACGUCCGACUGGCUCAGCCACAUGCGCUUCCUGGUGGUGCCUCUGGGCUCUCAUCCGGUCGCCAAACACCUCGGUGCGCUCGACAACCGGUACAGCUCCUCUUUCAUGGACGGGCCAUGGCGAGACACGUUCAGCCGCUCCGAGCCGCCGCAGACAGAUCAGUUGGAUGUCGCGGGGAGAAUCGCUCAGUACAUCAGCGGCGCGACCGUCACUCAUCAGCUGCCCAUCGCCGAGGCCAUGCUCACCUGCAAACACAGGACGCGAGACGAGGACUCGUACCAGAAAUUCAUUCCUUUUAUCGGGGUAGUGAAGGUCGGCCUCAUCGAGUCCAGUUCUUCUCCCACAGGAGACACGGAAGAGGGCGUGGCCGUGAGCUUGGCCGUCCCCUCCACGUCUCCCCCCUCCCAUGGCCACGGCUCCCCCACCGGCAUGAUCAAAGAGGCAGCGACUCCCCCUUCCUCCCCCUCCAUGGGCAGUGUCCUCACAGUACAGGGGAGUCCCAGCAUGUCUCACGGCGUGGACGCCAUCGGCCUGCAGGUGGACUACUGGCUGGCCUCGCUCGCCGAGAAGCGGCGGGAGGGCGAGCGGCGGGACACGGGCUGCAAGAACACGCUGAAGAGCGCCUUCCGCUCGCUGCAGGUCAGCAGGCUACCAGGUGGGGGCAGCAGUGAUCCCCAGACCCAGGUCAGCACCAUGGCCAUGACCGUGGUCACCAAGGAGAAGAACAAGAAGGUUCCCACCAUCUUCUUGGGAAAGAAGCCCAAGGAGAAGGACGUGGACUCAAAGAGCCAGGUCAUUGAAGGCAUCAGCCGACUCAUCUGCUCUGCCAAGCAGCAGCAGACUUUCCUGAAAGUGUCCAUAGAUGGCGUGGAGUGGAACGACGUUAAGUUCUUCCAGCUGGCCGCUCAGUGGCCGACUCACGUCAAAUACUUUCCCGUCGGACUUUUCGGCUACAGUAAGCCGCCAUCUUAGGGGUGCACCCAC